AUGUUGUCAGAGUUUAAAGGAAAUGAAGGAGACCUGAUCGAGAUCUCCCAUAGGGGCCAUAAGCAGUGGGCCAUCUACAUUGGAGUAAAUGAAGUGGUUAUGUUAGUUAAAAAAGGUGAUCAGUCGCCUGGCUGGUUGGAGAGUCUGAGCAGCAGCACCGGAAAGGUGAAGCUUGAGAAGCUCGCCGCUGUGGUAGGCAAUCAUCGUUGCCAGGUCAACAAUCUGCUGGAUAACAGGCGCAAGGCUUGUCAGCCUUCCGUUAUAGUGAAGAAGGCCCGUGAGAUGGUGGGCCGCAAUCUACCGUACAACGUUGCCUCUUACAACAGCAAGCACUUUGCUACUGAGAUACGAUACGGCGAGGCAGAGUCUUGGCUGGUGAAAAAAACCUCUUUGAUUGCAAGCAUCACAGGCGCCAUUGUCGCCUUGGUAACCGAAGGCUCCGUGGUCGCCGUAGGAUUCGCAGUAGUCGGGGCACUUGCUGUCUGUAAAGCUCUGAUUCGCAGAUGUUCCAGCAGAUAAGAGGAAGAGGAAGACAACAAGAAAAAAACAAGAACAAAUCACAAAAACUGGCAACAAUGAAUGUUGGCAUGUAACUGACAGUGAUUAUGAUUUAAACUUUUUAAAUAAACGAUUUCACUUGUGUAAUCUGGAGAGAAAAAGGUUGUUGUUCAAAACAGUUAAAAGACUUGACUUGAAUCAGAUAAAACAAUAAGGCAUUAAAUCAUCUGGAUGAUUAGACUAAAGACACAUCUCUUCAGACUUCACCUUGGAUAAAAGAUGAAAAAUAUAUACUUCUAUAUCUGUUUAGUUGCACCUCUAUAUAUCUAGUAGCACUUAUAUAACACUUACAUAUAGCACUUUGUAGUUUGGCUUUCUUGAAGCAAAUUGUACUUGAUUCUUGUUGCUCUGGGUUUGUUCUCAUGGUUGAUGCUCUUAUUGUGACUUUGGAUAAAAUCAUCAGCUAAUUGAAAUGUAAUAUGAUGUGAUGUGAGGGAUAUUUCUUUAUCUUUCACAUAAUUUUUCACUUU